ACUACAGUUUGCGAGUAACCUAUAUAAACGUGUCCCAAACUGCCAUAAACACUGGGUUCCACUGACAGUUUGAGGAAGUUAAACGUGAGUAGCGAUUUUGCUCAAAAAACUUGCGCUCACCAUGUCACUAAUAUUUCGAGCUGCGCUCAUCUUUCUUGCCACUUCAUUGCUGAGAUGGUGCGUAACGUACCAUCCCUACAGUGGCGAAGGGAAACCCCCUAUGUAUGGGGACUACGAGGCGCAGAGACAUUGGCAAGAAAUAACAUUCAACUUGCCACCUGAAGAGUGGUACACAAACACUACAAACAAUGAUCUUCAAUAUUGGGGCUUGGAUUAUCCUCCAUUAACUGCAUACCACAGUAUGAUGAUCGGUCUAGCUGCUAGCAGAAUAAAUCCGGAGUUCAUACGGCUAGGCUAUUCGAGAGGCUACGAAUCUGAUGAACAUAAAUUUUUUAUGAGAUUGUCAGUCAUCCUAGUUGAUAUAAUUGUCUACAUUCCAGCAGUGUUUUUUUUUGUCUAUAAGUUGAAAAUCAAGAACAUGAACGAUACACACAACAAUUACCAGAGAGUUUUUGGACUGGAAAAACAAGAUUUUGUACUCAUAUCGAUCCUGAUUUAUCCUGGCUUAAUAUUAAUUGAUCAUGGACACUUCCAAUACAACUGCUUGUCUCUGGGUUUAUUUAUUGCUGCUGUAACAGCAAUUCUCCAGAACAGAACAUUGAUCGCCUCAUGCCUCUUCACCUUGGCACUGAACUACAAGCAGAUGGAAUUAUACCAUUCUUUGCCCUUCUUUUUCUACAUACUCGGCGACAUUAUAAAUCAUAAAAAUCAAUCUGUGACUUCAAAAUUUCUGAAAUUGAUUAAUGUCGGUUUAGUGGUCCUCUUAACUUUCGCUAUAAUUUGGAGUCCAUUUUUUAUGAAUGUUAAUGUAUUACGCAAUGUGAUUAUCAGGUUAUUUCCUUUAAAUAGAGGUAUAUUUGAAGACAAAGUAGCAAAUCUCUGGUGUGCAAUAAAUGUGGUGUACAAAUUGCGUGAUACAUUCUCCAACCUUGCAUUGGCUAAGAUUUGCCUUGUGACAACCCUGGUAGCACUGAUACCAACUAAUGUGCAUCUAUUUUUCAGACCAACCAAUAGAAAAUUCAUUCUUUCAUUAAUAAACACCUCUCUGGCAUUUUUCCUAUUUUCUUUUCAUGUACAUGAAAAAAGUAUUCUUCUGGUAGCCAGUCCAGUUUUACUUUACACCCAUGAAGACCCCUUUGCAUGCUUUUGGUUUUUGAUCAUUUCAAAUUUCAGUAUGCUACCUCUAUACAUGAAGGACAAUCUAAUGAUUGCAUACCUUGCACUCACUACGUUUUAUUUAAUUUUUAUUUACUGGAUGUUCUCUGAAAUAUUAUAUUCCUAUGUUGAGCAACAAGGUACUCACAUUUGCUUGAAACAUGGGAAAUCUCAUCGUAAAGUUGGUAGUCAAAAAGCAAGACCUGAAGUCUUUUCAAAGACUGAUCGUUAUCAUGACCUUUUGAUCAGUUUAUUCUAUGUUUCUAUGCUAGGAACGGUAUUCUUAUCUAUGGGAACAUUUUUUGUUGAACCACCUGUGAAAUACCCUGAUCUAUUUCCACUUUUGAUAUCUGUUUAUUCCUGUGGCCAUUUUGUACUUUUCUUUGUAUAUUUCAACUACAAACAGUACACAACCGAUCAUGUUCAAAAGAAACUCAAAGCUAGGUAAUCAUUUGUAAACUUUUAUCAGGAGCACAGCAUUGUGAUGAGGUUGUAGAUCACUCAGAUGGUUGCGGGACUAAAUUAGUCGUGUUAGUCGUCUCAAACUCGUUCGCAGGAAAGCCUAUGCUACAAAGACACAG